AUGCGCGCUACGAACAUUGUGGCGGGCCUGUUGGCCACGCUGAUUCCAUCCGUCUCAGCGACCGCGUUGACGUACAAACUCGAGGCCCAUGAGAAAGCGUGCUUUCAUGCCGAUGUGACGCAGAAGGAUGUCAAGGUGGCCUUUUACUUUGCUGUGCAAUCCGGCGGUUCCUUCGAUAUUGAUUACCAGGUCACCGGACCCCUUGACAAAGUGAUUUUGGAAGGAGUCAAAGAACGACAGGGCGAUUUCGUGUUUACUGCACAGAGCGUCGGCGAAUAUAACUUCUGCUUCAGCAACGAAAUGUCCACUUUUGCGGAGAAGCUGGUCGAUUUCGAGAUUGCGGUCGAAAACGAAACAAAAGCCGAACUCCCAUCCCGACAGGGCGCCAGCCCCGAACAAGCUAACACCAUCGAAGAAUCCAUCACAAAGGUGUCUCACCUUCUAUCCACCAUCUCACGAAAUCAGAAAUACUUCCGUACGCGAGAGAACCGUAAUUUCAGCACCGUGCGCAGCACCGAGAGACGGAUUUUCAACUUUAGCGUUAUUGAGAGUUUGAUGAUGGUUUCGAUGGCUGGGUUGCAGGUGUUUAUUGUGCGAUUCUUUUUCCAGGGGGCGAGGAAAGGAUAUGUAUGA